AAAAAAUACGGUCGGAGUGAGAGGUGAGUGUAGCAUGAGAUUAAACGCCAAGAUGACAAAGUUUCUGACUUUGACAGGUAGACGGAUAUUCGCUGGGACUGGACGACACCAUUCAUCUGUAACAGCUGAGCUGAUUGAAAACAUGGAUAAGAAAUCAACCUGGGACCGGUUCUACACAGAGGCCAGCAGCAGGACCCCAGCCUUUAAAAACUUUGAGUGGUUCUGUGGAUUCAGUUCUGUGCGAGACUUCAUUCUGCCCCUCUUGCAGACCAGGUCCCAUCCAGACGCCCUGCUCCAGGUGUUGGAUAUGGGCUGUGGAACAUCGGCUUUAGGCCCGUCCAUUUACAGAGAGUCUGCCCUCCCAGUCCGGGUCACAUGUGCUGACAUUUCCCCCGUAGCUGUGAGGCUUAUGCAGGAACAUGUUCGAGUUGAAGCCUUCAGACCUGACAAUCCUUCUUCUCAGAUUGACUUUGUGGAGCUGGACUGCACACAACUGGACAAACGCUUUGGUUCCAACAGUCUGGACCUCAUUGUUGACAAGGGCACCACAGAUGCCUUGUUGAGGUCCAAGGAGGGGGUGGGGAAGGCCACCCUGGUACUGAAGCAGUGCUUGAGGGUGUUGCGGAGCUCAGGGUCUCUGCUCCAGUUCUCAGAUGAGGAUCCUGACGUCAGACUUCUGUGGCUGGAAACAGCCGUGCAGGAGCAGGGGGUACCAGCAGCAGGUGUUGGGGUGCAGGAAGUGGGAGUGCUAAAAGGGGUGUGUUACUACUGCUAUCAGGUGACUCCCAACAUGUAAUAACAAAUUUGGAUCUGGAUGAGCCAGAUGUCAGAUGAUGAACUUAUUAAACACAACGUGUGUGUGUGUGUGUGUGUGUGUGUGUGUGUGUGUGUGUGUGUGUGUGUGAAA